AUGGAUAUUUCCACACUCUGUCAAUCCCUAUCCCUCUCAGAUGAGGAGGAUGACAUCCCUGUAUGUGUUUUGGGAGAAAAAGCCAGAGUCGCGGGAGAAGAUAAGGUGGCAAAAUCGCUGAUUGGUAAAAUUUUAUCAACAAAAACAGUCAACAGAGAUGGUUUUAUCUCUACAGUUAAUUAUAUUUGGCGUACUAAAGAUCCAGUGGUUGUGGAAAUGCUGGGUAAGAACAUGUUUGUCUUCCAUUUUAGUUCGACGGAAGACAGAAGAAGAGUAAUGGCAGGUGGACCAUGGAGAUAUCAGGAGUCCAUCAUUGCGCUUGAAGUACCUUGUGGAAUUGGAGAUUAUUCCAAUAUGAAAUUUUCACAGAUUUCCUUUUGGAUUCAAAUACAUAACCUCCCGUUAAUGUGUUUGAAUAUGGAUGCUGGUUUAUCUCUAGGCUCUCAGAUUGGUCUCGUAGAAGAAGUUGAUCCCGGAGCCUCAGGGGACUGUCUGGGGAAAUAUAUCAGAGUUAGAGUUAAGGUGGACAUCUCAAAACCUUUGAAGAGAGGUCUGAAAGUGAAACUCGGGCCCGAGGAUGGAGUAAUACUGGCUGUGCUGAGAUAUGAACGUUUGCCUGACCUCUGCUAUAAAUGUGGCAUAAUUGGGCAUCCAAUGCUGGAAUGUCCACUUGGGACAGAGGUGAAAGAGUGCAAGUAUACAGAUUUAAUAAGAGCAGAAGUAAAGAAUAGCUUUCGAGCUAACAGCAAGCGAGUGAGAAGUGAAUUGACGAAGAGUGGAGUGGCGGGAGAGAUCCAAACGGAGAGGGAGAUGGUGGUUGAAGGAAGAUAUGCGAACUCAGGCCACCGUGAAACUGUUUUGGAUAGUGCGGGAUCAUCGAAAGUGAAUCUGCAACAGAAGGCAAUAAUUGCGGAAGAAAUAAAGGAGAAUAAGGAAGGCAAUCAAACUGGUGAGAUUCUUCAAUCAGUUUUGAAUGCAAAAGAUUUAAUUGAGAUUGAUAUAGAUAAGGAAAGUGAACCUAAAGGAAAGGAGAUAUUGGCGCGGUCAAAUAUUGUUCAAAUAAAAGAGGUGGACGAGAUAGGCCCAGGGAUGGGGGCAAAGGCUAAAGGAAAGGGAUUGAAGCCCAUCUCAAAAUUCAGUCCAUUAUCAAAAAUUAAAAAACCAAAGAAAGCCAAAACGAGGGCGUUUUCAGUUCUAGCUGAGAUAGAUGGAAACACGAGCAGAAAGAGUGAAAGGGAGAAUGAAGAAAGUAGAAAGGGUCUUUCGCUCAGUACAGGGAAAGAAAAUAAUGGAGAGGAUGAGUAUGGCAACAUUAUUCCAACGGCGGUUCCUGCUCAGCAGGACUGCCGACAUCAAUGA